CUCCGUCCGUGGGUUGGUAGGGGAGGGGGUAGCAGUUUACUUGGUGAUCAGCAUCUAAGCGCAUUUCUGCUGUCAACGAAGCGUGGUCUCAGACGACAACUCCCUUCCUCCAUGCACCCCCUUCCCACCCGUGAACAGCGGCGAGUGAUGGAACGCGCCACGUGACGCCAAGGCCAGAUGCGCACGCACGACGCCGCUGUGCACGAGAUGCGGGUGGGUACAGGUGAGUAGGACAACAGUGUUUGUAGUCAAGACACGAGUGGGACAGACACAUGGAGGUUGUCCACCGGAGGGACGGGCGAGCAGAACUUCAAGGGCACCGACAGCACCCCAAAUGCCAGUCCUGCUAGGGGUCAGUUCUAGGGUUCAUUUCUUGUCGGCCACUGGCAUCUAAAGAGUCAAACAAGUCACGUGAGCAGUUUCGGACUCCGACACCAACGUCUUUGUCACUGUCACCCGUUGUUUUGGGCGCAAGUUUUUUAAGGGUCAGCAUGUUCGAGGUCUUUAACACGAGCGCGUGCCAGACGGUGCUGAAUGCUUCCGGUCAGCUGCUGGCGUCACUGGGCAUGUCCGCGGGCAAGGGCAUCGAGCAGUCUGUGGAACUGUGGGAGGCCUUGCUGAUCAUCGUGGCAACGGGCGUCCUCGCAUCCAUCCUCGCGGCUGGCUUCACCUACCUGAGGAAAACGAUCUACAAUGACAAAGAUUCGCUGGACACGUCUUUCGACGCUGGCGGAAAGGUCAACGCGGGACUAACGGCGACUUCCAUCGUGUCUCAGUGGAUAUGGGCCGCCACUCUCUUGCGGUCAGCAUCUGUUGCCUCAGAGUACGGCGUCAGCGGGGCUUUCUGGUACGCAGCAGGGGCGACCAUUCAGAUCCUUCUUUUCUCCAUGCUGUCGGUUCAGCUGAAAAUACGGGCACCAGGAGCCAAGACCUACCUGCAGGUCGUCAAGGCCAGGUUCGGGAAAACAACUCACAAGGUCUUCUGCGUCUUUGCUCUUGCCACCAACAUCAUCGUCACCGCCAUGCUCAUGUUGGGUGGCGCUGCAGUGAUUACUUCAUUGGUGAAGUUCAUCAGCCUGGAGUACGCCACAACUCUCGUCGCCGCCACCAUCGGUGCUUACACUUUUAUCGGUGGCCUGGGGGCUACUGUCUACGUGUCUUACUUUAACACAGCCAUCAUGUAUGUUAUCUUGGUCAUCUUUAUGUCCAAGGUCUACAUGGACCCCAACAACUCCGGCAGUCCAUUAGGCAGCGUGGACCGGAUGUAUGACAUUCUGUCCUGUGCGAAAAUAUCCGAAGGGAACCUUGAAAAUAGCUACUUGACUCUCGUCUCGGGCUCUGCCUUGAUGUUCGGCAUUACCAACAUCGUAGGCAAUUUUGGCACCGUCUUCAUGGACCAGUCCUACUGGCAGAGCAGCGUGGCCGCCAAGCCCCAGCAGGGGGCACUGGGGUUCCUGCUCGGGGGCAUCGCGUGGUUUGCCAUGCCCUUCUCCUUUGCCACGACCAUGGGCUUGGCAUACAUCGUCCUGUCUGCCAGUAACGGCGAGCCUCUGCUCAAGGCAGAGCAAGUCAAUGAAGGCCUUGUCGCACCUCUAGUAGCUUCCCAUCUGCUUGGGAAACAGGGCGAGAUAAUGAUGCUGAUCAUGCUCUUGAUGGCUGUGACAUCGACUGGGUCUGCAGAGGUCAUGGCCGUGACCUCCAUCCUCAUUUACGACAUUUAUGGCAUUUAUCUCAGGCCAUACCGCAAGACUACGGACACUAACAGCUGCAUCUUGUGCGGAAAGGGGCGUGGUCGCAUGGCCAACCCGCGCGACAAGUGCACGUGCAUCAGCAUGGCCUACUGCGAGCCGUGCCACCAAGAUGACAAAGACCGGGACCUGAACCAGCGGUCAGUGCGCUCCGAGUACAAGUGUCCGACCCACGGCCACUACCGCGAGUACACUGACUACCUGAACCGCCUCAAGAACUGGUGCCUAGUGUGGACAACCAUGGCCAUUCUACCGCUCACAGUUCUGCUCUACAUGAUGGGGCUGAAUCUUGGUUGGGUUUACUCGUUCAUGGGGAUCCUCGUUGGCUCGGCAGUGAUCCCUCUCGCCCUGUGCAUGUUCUGGGGCCGUCUGACAGGCAUCGCCAUGGUGAUCGGCAGCGUGUCGGGUACCUGCGUCGCCCUCAUCACCUGGCUUGCAGUGGCUUCCACCUUCGACGGAGGGUUGUCUCUCUUCUUGGACAACACAGGCAAGGAGUUGCCCAUGCUCUGCGGGAACCUCGUGGCCAUUCUCUUCAGCGGAGUCGUCACGGUGGUGGUGUCGUUCGUCACCAACCGUUAUUACGACAAGUCCCAGGACGCGGAGAUCUGGGAAAACACUCGCGACAUCGACAACCCGCUGGCUCCGUGGACAGAAGUCUACGCCAAGGAGCUGAACCUGAGCGGUGCACACCAGCUGGACAACCGGCCGACGCUGCAGGAGGUCAGCGACACGUUCCGUGCUGCACGCCUGCUGGCCAACAUCGGCUCCCUGGUGCUGACCGUCGUCCUGGUGCUGGUGUGGCCUGCUUUCAUGGUUCUGGUGCGCGUCAUGAGCCGGGAAGAAUUUACGCAUUGGAUUAACGUGGCUAAAGCCUGGGCCUUCCUGGCGCUGCUGUUCGUGUUGGUGGUGCCGCUGCUCAACGAGGCGUGGGACGUGGUCAGCGCCUUCAAGGCACGCAGCAAAGUGCACAACGACGUCGACAGCCUCAGCGCCACCCGCCCAACGCGAAUAGACACCAAGCGUGCGCCGCGGAGGCAUUCCCCCUCCCACCUGACCGCCACCACCACGCCUCCUCCCACAAGCGCUUCAGUGACGUCAUCGCGCCCGACAACUCGACCCUGCAGAAUGGCAGCGGCGCGGCACCAGACGACAACUUCCGAAGAGACAAGGUCGUCAACGACUCCAGCAUGGAGCCAGAUUUGCCGUUGGAGACGCACGGAAGGGUGGGACAAGAGGAGCCCAUGGAAGAGACUCGACUCCCGCUGUUUUAACUACGAGAAAGUACCCGACGGGUCCGUCUGCAAGAAAGGAGAAGGUACAGGAACGGUCGGACCACGAAGUUUCCUGCUGUCUGAAGAGAUGCGACUCCCUGAAAAAGUACGCGACUGUGGAAGAUGGUACCUGCCAUAGGUAGAAGGCGAAGGGCAGGACCACCAUUUCUAACGAGCUGUUGACGGGAUCUAGCAUAUUGUCAGAGUGGUGGGACUGGGAGUGUUAUUGAACCGGUGACUGUUUGUUGAACGAACUCCAGUUGUAACUGCGUUAUGAGGUGACUGCAGAUUUUGUUGUUAUUGUUACGAUGAGCGCGUCAUUUAGUUGUUGUUGAAAAUAUGUGGGCGAGACCCUUAUGGCGAUAUGCCAGAAGUCUCAGUGAUGUGCAGAUCGAUUUGAUAGGUUUUAUUUUCCUGUUAUUAAUACAAUAUAUUCUGGGAUGUAUUUUUUUUAAGAAAAAAAAGCAUCCAGGUGCAAGGGACUGAGCUGGUAACUGCAAACUAAUGUUUGACGAUAAUUAUGAACGAAUGCAGUGCAGCCUGCAUAAAAUUUUAUGUGGAUUGAGCAGCCCAAAAUUGUACACGUUUUCAUUCAACUUUAGUUUAAAAAAAAUAAAUUGUUUGUUAAAAAUGAAAGGUGCAAAUAGCUAUGAAAGUCGAUAUUUAUUGGGUGUGCCACUGCACAUGCCACAAUCGGUCAAGCGCUUGGCCUUAGAACGAGAGGGUACAUAGUUGUCCAUGGAUCCCAUGGAUAACAUUCCUUUUGGAGGUUCGAGGAGGGAGCGGGUAAACGGACAAGAGCAAGGCUUUCUCUUCAUUUUUCCUUUCUUUCGGGAAAACUGAUAUUGUCUUUGAUUUCGCUGAAUUUUAUUAAGCAUAUUAGCACAUCAUGAUUGAAGAUGUACAUUUUCCUGAAUCAACCACACUUUCCUCUGUCCCUAUAAGCGAGAGUCUUUCAACAAGGAUUUCACAUUUUUUAUUUUUAACACUCUUUCUAAAAAAACCGCUCUGAGCUCACCUUAAAUGGUCGGGGAACUGUGCUAUUAAAGUGCAUUCAUUAUUAUUAUUAAAUAUACUUGUACUAUUAUCAAUACAGUUUCCCCAAAUGAAGACAACUCAAUAGUUGAGGAGUCUUACAAUAACCUACUUUCUCUCAUCAAAUCUGAAACAGUUUGCAGUUGAAAAGUUGUGACUUUACUGACCUGGACAGCCCCCAGCGCAGGUGAUGUGUCUAUGUUUUGCCGUCCAUGUAAAUGCGUGAUGCUGCUUAGACCGUGUGUUAAAACAGGGUCAUAUCACUGGGUUUGCAGUAUUUUCACUAAACAGUGAUAUGUGUUAUUUUGAACAUAUAAAAUAGGUACAAAACAUGUGCUGUACAGCAUAAGUUCUACUGAACAUUGUCACAUUUACAUAAGGGUCCAAACUUCCUAGAACUAAUUACCCAUGCAAGUUCCGCGCAUUGAGCGCAUCUUUGUGAUGCGGAUACUAGCGCGUUAUAAAACUACAUCAUCAUCAUGAAGGACUUGCAUCUAUAAAUGUUGUGUUAAUUGCUCACAUGUAAAUUAGAACUUAGCCCUGACUAUAUGCAACACUAAUGUGAUAUUUCACAUGUCCACAUCACAGACAGAUAUAUCAUUACUGUCAUCGCUGCCUCAAGCUGUUGCUGCAGCCCAACAGCAGGUCCAUCCAUCCAGCCAUCAGCUAGUAUUUACCUAGUAAAAAGCCCAGUGAUGACCCCUACAUCCCUCCAGGUUCCUCACCAGUAAACUUAUCUUCUCUACUACAACACAAAAAAGCAGGAUAAGUGUUCCGAGAUACUUCUCCCCAAAUUACCAUAAUCCUUAUGCCAUGUGCCGUAAUGUGGGCAGGUCAGUUUACAGUAGUUCUACUUUUAGUGGUUCGGAGAUGUGAUGAAGCCUAAAAUACUUGUUUUUAACUCUGUGUAUUUUUUAGCCAUUAUCUUUAUUUCUGAAAAUGCGACAUCGAUCUAGAAGACUUCUUUUAGUCAGCCUUGAAUAUAAACACAAUCUAUCUCAAUAUACAAUUAAUUAAUUAUCAUAAUCAUGUCUACAUUCAGUAUCCCAUCUGCUGUGUGCUAAUGACUCCUAAUCUCAAUUACUGCCCACAGUUGAAUUCAUCCUGACUAAUGAUCACAUCUGUUCAAGCGGCUGAUUUGUGUCUAUGGUGAGAUUGUCUUGUCACAGUCAUCAUCUUGUUUCCUGAAACAAUCACAUCUUUAUGAAUGAUUAAAAAAAGCUAUGCUAAGUCAUCUCACAACAGAUUCUCUUUAUAUAUUUUUAUAUUCAUGCAUCUGUAUAUUUUCAUGCACUUCUUUAACCUACUGUGUACAAUAUUUAUGGAUAUUAAUAGUAAGAUCUAAGAUGUAUUUUUUUUUGUGUCUUAUCAAUCACAAAGUGCAGUUUCCACUUGUUAUGCCCUUCAUUAAUGACCUCAAGUGCUCCUGAUCACAGCGUAGUUAUCUGUAAAAGCAACAUUUAGCAUAUUUAAUGUGUACACAUCUUUGUAGCACAACAUUUCUGCUUAAUAUUAUGUCUGAUAUGUGCGAGAACUGGAUUAAUGUUCACGAAGUCAUAUUCUUUAUACCAAUAUUCAAAGGUCUCAUUAUCAGUCCUAAAAGUCAUGUGAUGUACACAGUCAGCUACACUGCAGGGCAACUCUGUAUACGACACAUUUGAUGAAACUCACAUCAGCAAUACAUUACUGUGGCUAUCAGUGACAAUAUCACAAUACUUUUCCAACUAGAAACAGUUUUCUUCAGCCUCCAAUCAUCAUCUUAUGCAAAGUCAGCAAUACUUUGCCACUCAACAUGCACAUAACCUUCUGACACUCUCUGGCAUGUCAUGCAGUGCCUUGCUAUACAUCAAAACCCACCUUACUUGAUAAUUACUUCAGCUGCAAAUUUGUCAAUUUAUAUUCAUUCUUGAAACCAUGUGCUAUUUAUGCAUUGCAUUCUGUUGGCGGUAUUUGUUUAAAGUUAGGUGAAUCCAAUCAAGGAUAAUUCUCUUGCAAAACAGAAAACAUUCAGAAGACAGAAAAGUAAAAUGAAAUGUUAUAGGAAAAUAUCUUUGGUAUGUCCUCUUAAAUAUUUUUACCUGUUAACGGAAUCAUUUAAAGUAACUUGCUAACACCAUAUGCUACUGAGUAAACUUGUGUUUCAGUA